UAUUGUUUCUAGUAUCUUCUUGCUGAUCGCAUCUUCUUUGACAGGCGAUUUAAUUUUCAGUAAUUCAUCUCGUUAUUACGACUGGAAAGCUACAAUUUCAGUAGAUAUUUGUUCUCUUGUUCGGACUGCAGCACUUCAAGUAAAUAUUCUCAGUUGGACAAGUCGAGAUGGGUUUGAAGAAAAAGCCCAAAAUCACCUGGAUAGUGGAGCUUGCUAACCAUCUUCCACAUUUCGAAGAUGUUUUCGACGAACACACAUUUUACUGGACGGCCUUUGUUUUUGUUAUCUCCACUUUCGUCUUUGUUUAUCUCCUCUCGCGACGGGUGAAGAUAAAGAACACUGAUAUUUAACGGCGCUAGACACCGGCGAGAGACAAUAUUUUACGACCGAGUUAUUUAUUUCCACGACAGUUUUGAUGAAGCGUAUCAAAAUUCAUAUUAAUUUUUUGGUAGUCGGCGAAUUUUUCUUUUUGACGAACACACAUUUUACUGGACGGCCUUUGUUUUUGUUAUCUCCACUUUCGUCUUUGUUUGUCUCCUCUCGCGACGGGUGAAGAUAAAGAACACUGAUAUUUAACGGCGCUAUAGACACCGGAGAAAGACAAUAUUUUACGACCGAGUCAUUUAUUUCCACGACAGUUUUGCUGAAGGGUAUCAAAAUUAAUAUUUUUGGUGGUCGGCGAAUUUUUCUUCAUGAGAUCGUGAAAGGCCUAUCCUAUUCCUACACAGAUUGAGAUAGGGUAGAUAAUCUGUUUAUAAAGAAUAAUAUCGUUUUAACAUGAACUUGCAUUACUCAGUCAUCUGGAAGUGACGGUGAAUCUGCGAUUCUUUUGUUCCCAUACCCUACCAUACCGGAAUAUAACUGUAGUACAGUAGUAACACUGUGUGCAUGGCUUUUGUGAAAGUGCCCAGUUGGUUUUGAUGGUUCAAUGCACUUGUCCACCGUUACGUAAUUGAUUGAUUUACAUCAUAUCUCAUCCAAAUGGUGUAGGAAUUUACGUGCUCAGGAACUGCGCUCCCUGAAAAAUAAAAAAUAAACCCAUUAAGGUCUUCACUUAAAAACAGCAGCUUCUUCAUUGAAGGAGAGAGCUAUGAAUGCAAAAAUAUGUACAAUUAAUUAUAGCCAACGAACCCUGAACUAGCUGGAAUAAUAAGAAAUAAAUACGGACUACAUUAUGGCGGCGCACUCCACUUGUACUACUCACUUCGCGGUGACCAAGCUAGGACUUCUAUCUAUUCUGGUUGGUGUCGUCUUCCGGUAGCUGUGCAUUUGCACACUACAGUUCGUCGGGCUUGAGUGGACAGGACAUUAGACGAUGUCGCCCAUAAAAAGCUACAGCCAAAAACUUCUGAGAAACUUUUGGCUAGAACUGAGAUAGUAAAGUUUUGGAUACUUGUGACAUAUUUAAGGAGGUAUUUAGGAGAACGUUUUGAGCUUGAAGGAGCUUUUUGAGGCUCUAACUUCGGAGUUGGAAAUGGGGAAAAGGAACAGCAAGUUGAGACAGGAAACUUUGACAGACCUUUUGGAGAAAACACACUUUAACGAGAAGGAGAUUUUGCAAUGGCAUAAAGGGUUCUUGAAGGACUGUCCCAACGGCUACCUUAACCAAGAAGAAUUCUCCAAAAUUUACCAGCAGUAUUUCCCCAGCGGUGAUGCAACAAAGUUUGCUUCCUUCGUAUUUAACGUUUUCGACGAAAACAAUGAUGGUGCCAUAGAGUUUGCCGAGUUCAUCAGAGCGUUGUCUGUAACGUCAAGGGGAAACAUUGAUGAGAAACUAGACUGGGCAUUCCGACUCUAUGAUCUGGACCACGAUGGAUUCAUAACAAGAGAAGAGAUGCUGAAUAUAGUAGAUGCCAUCUACCAGAUGGUAGGCAAUAUGGUGCGCCUACCAGAGGAGGAGAACACCCCACAGAAGAGAGUGGAUAGAAUAUUUGCCCUCAUGGACAAGAACAAAGAUGACAAACUUACUAAAGAAGAGUUUCAGAAUGGUUCUAAGGAAGAUCCAACCAUCGUGCAAGCAUUGUCACUCUACGAUGGUCUGGUAUGAUGACUUCCAUCCCUCCCAAGAUCAUUGGUAACCAAAGUAUAGUGACCUACUCCUAGUUAAAGAAGUGUAUUGACCCCUUGCACGCAUGUCACACGCAGCGACUGUGCCAUUCUCACCAUUUUGGUGGUCAAUAAGUUUAC